AAGAAAAUAACUAGUCCAAAUAAGGGUUAAAACGUAAACACUUUAGCCAUAUAUAGGACUGACUAUCUGUCCUUUAGUCUACGUAGCCGGAACCGGCAACCAAGCCACUGCCAAUCAGAAAAAUGAAUGUUACAUGUGAGAAUAUGCAUUUGCGGCGUCUUUCUGUGAAGGUCUGAGAAAAUUACAAAAAUAAUCAGCGUUCCCAUUCACAUUAAAAUUUGACCUGGUGCGAGAUUGCUCGCGUAUGAAAUGGACCGAGUACAAAUGCAUAUAUCACUUUAUUUACUGCACCGUCAACAUUAAAACACCCCUAUUGGAUGUACGCACGUAUUGAGUGUACUAUUCAAUGUGUGUGUACACUCGAUACGGGAGAUUUAUUGCCGACCUUGACUGCACACAGUGCACAGGCAUUUAUUGAUAAAAUCAAGAGAAGACAACGGAUUUUGUUGAAAACAGUUACUACGUUUUGCAGUUGAUAGUUACAUUGUUUGGUUGUCUUCUACAGUUACAAGUAAACAAAAGUGCUGAUCUGUCCCCUGGACACCACACACAAGAGUAUGCAAAGCAGUGUGCCAGCAAACGCAAAAAAUGUCAAGAAACGUUCUGUAAGCCUUCUGCAAAAGGAAGACGUUUAUUCCUGAAGAAAGAGCGUGCUGUCAACCAGUCGGCUACAGAGUCACUGGAAGGCAUGACAUAUCAGUCAGAAGUUGGCCAUGAAGAUUGUACUGACAUAGACAGAAUCCCUGAUCCUAUACCGCGUGGAGUAUUCAAGCCAGUCUGUUCAAGUGGCGAACCAUCGUACAUCACUGUGGACCUUGAAACUACAGACCUUAUUCGAGGAGAGGUGUAUCCUCAUAUAACACAGAUAGCCGCCAAACAUGUGAGCACAGAGAAGAGCUUCAGUUGCUAUGUGUUACCCAAACUACCGAUGAGUGCCUCUGCCGAACAAGUGACUAAAAUUGUUGUGACAAAUAGUAGUGAUAUGUUUGUAAAUGGUGUUCCUGUUGAAACUAAAACUAUUGAAUCAGCACUCAGAGAAUUGUUUAGCUGGCUGAAACAGUUCAGAAACGUGUUUCUAAUUGCACAUAAUGGAAAACGUUUUGACUUUCCUAUCAUUAUCAACGCCUGCUUAGCUACCGGAAUGUUUAGUGAUCUUUGUGCAUGUGUGUUAGGAUUGGUAGACACUCUUCCAGUAUUUAAAUCCGUAUGUCCUAAAAGGGAGUCUUACAAACAGGAAGAUCUGGCCCGUACAUUGCUUUCCAAAGUGUAUAACGCUCAUAACGCUCUUGAUGAUGUCAAGUGUUUGUCAGAGCUGGUCAGUUACGCUGUGAAACAUGAUGAGAAGUGUGUAGUAGUGAAGAGUUUUCCUCCUAGAGAUGUCAAACACAACAUGGAAUCCAACAUAGAGAAAAAGAAAAACAUGCCAUCUCUUUCUGUUCUGGUAGCAAAUGGUGUCAUGAAGUCGUCCACUGCCGACAAUGUGGCUAGCUCGGGGUUAAAUUUCAAACAUUUACAUACAAUCUUUCUACGUAAGGGAGAAGAUGGACUGUACAAUGUAUUUACUAUGAGAAACAGUGAAGGGUUGCCAAGAGUGACAAAUUCUAAGAGGGUUUUGGAGGCUGUAAUUCCAAAAUUAGUGUCGUAUUUUGAAGGCAAAAAUUAAGUUUGUUCGUCAAUUCAAGGUCAAACGUGUACUAUGUCUUGAUUAAUUUUAUAAAUAAUUUGACACUAGUUCAAGUUAUUUAUCUUUCAAAGAAGUAUUGAAUCUUUCAGAAGAGUACUGUAUUUAUGAAUAAUGUAUGGCAAGCAAAAUAGAUACUUAUUUUUGUGAAAAUAAUCAUGAAAGACAUUUCGAGCAUUCUUUUUCAUGAAAAAAUUGUUAUCGUAAUUUUAGGGGAUACCUUUUUGCUUGGACUUAUUUAAAUAAAAAUAGAUGGUAAAAGUUUUUGAUUUUCAUAUAUCUUAUUGCCUACACUUUGAGGAAAAUUUUAAUACCAAAAUUACAUUAUUACAUACCUUUGAAUGUAUAAAUUUUGAACUUUGAAACAAAUAGUUGAAAAAAAUUUCAUCCCACAAGUCGUCAGUUUUAGCCCAUAUCGCUAUAUAUUUUUGCUUAUAUUUUAUGAAAGCCUUGUUUACUAUACAUGGAUUGUUGUUUUUUGGUACAAUAUAUAUAUAGAGGAAUAGAAUACCUGCUAGAAA